GUCGGGUGGAGAACUGCUGUUAGUUUGCGCUGUGUUUAUUGUUAAGGUUGUGUGGAUUAGCACUGCGGUACCCAAUUCCUUUCCCUAAUAUCAACAUUAUAGCUUUAUGAUGAGUUAAGAUUCGCGAUCCAUCCAGAGGAGACAGCAGGGGUUACAUGGAAGGACUUUAUAAAAACAUGAACGAAGGAAAUGUGAAAGAAAAACCAUGAUACUGCGCAAAAACUGAUUCACAGCUGCUUCUAAGGAAUACCUUGACCUCUGCUCUUGUAAUGGCUAACUCAGUGGCUUUAGUGGUCCAAGCAGAACUCUUACCACCUCAGUCAACCACCCCACUCUCACCUUUCCCAUCCCUCCUCGGAGCAGGUGAGGAUGCUGAGGAUGAUGGGGAAAGAGGGGAGCUGGUUGAGGGUGAAAAGGAAGUAGUAGAAGGUGGAGAGGAGGUAGUUAUGGACAUGGUGACUUCAUCUGUGUCGGGGCAAACUCAGCAGGCGGAGCAGUCAGACCAUCCUUUCCAGUGUAUGGACUGUGGUAAGAGCUUCAGGUGGUCCUCCAGGCUGACCCACCAUCAAAGGAGCCACAACAAUGAGAGACCAUACCGCUGCAACCUCUGCCCAAAGGCCUUCAAGGGGUCCUCUGCGCUGCUCUACCACCAACGGUCUCACUCAGGGGAGAAGCCUUACAAAUGUCAGGAUUGUGGCAAAGCCUUCAAACGCUCCUCUCUGCUUCAGGUUCAUCAGAGUGUCCACACAGGAGUGCGUACCUUCUUGUGUCCCUAUUGCCCUCUGACCUUCAAAUGGAGCUCUCAUUACCAGUAUCACCUGCGGCAGCACACUGGAGAGUGUCCGUACCCCUGUGACACCUGCCCCAAAGCCUUCAAGAACUCAAGCAGUCUGCGGCGACACAAAAAUGUUCACCUUGGUCUGAAGCCUUACACCUGCUCUGUGUGCAACAAGUCUUUCACUCAGUCCACCAACCUUAGGCAACACAUGAGGAUCCACACAGGAGAGAGGCCCUACAUCUGCAAUGAGUGUGGCCGCAGCUUCACACAUUCAUCCAACCUGGCCCUGCACAAGAACUCACACUCCAAUCUCAAUGCAGGAGGGAAGGAGGGAAAGAGGGGAGAGGAUGCAAGGAAGGGAAAUGAGAUAGUGGAAGUGGUGGUAGGAACAGAGGAAGUGACGUCAUCCAUGUUGACCGACAUGGUGGGAUUUGUCAGUCAGGAAGGAACUGAUGGAGUCGGGGUGGGGAUGGAUGAAGUGUUCUUGUCAACUGCCUCAUCUGGUCAAAAUCCGAGCCUCCUGCCCCAGCUCACCCUCACCUCCUCUGGGGAGAACGUGUGUGCAUCAAGGGCCAUCGGAACUGAGGUCCACCUGAGCACAGACACAGGGGCCAGUGUGCUGCUGUACAGCUGUGGCAGCUGCAGCCACACCUUUGGCACACGGACAGAGCUAGAAGAGCACCAGUCAAUCCACAUGGCUCCAGGGGAGCACAGGGCCAGCACAGGGCCUGGGGCAGGGAUGGAUGGGCUGGUGGGGGCUGGACACCUGCUGGCUGAUUUUGAGGAGGUGGUGGAGACAACCACAGUGGCAGAAAACGGACACACAACAGAGGUGCUUCUUGGGUUGACAGAGGGGGCAGAUGGAAACAAUGCAAAUGUCGGCACCACCCAGGCCCAGUUUGACCUGCUGCAGAGCUUCACUGAGGUGACUCAGAGCUCAGAGACUGUUCAGCCAGAGGCCAGAACCACAUGGGCAGGGCUGUCAUGUGGCUACUGCAAUAAGACUUUUAAGACCAGUGGAGGCCUCAACAGACAUGUUUCACUGAUGCACUCCCUCUCAUCACAGUCCCGCUCCCAGUUCAGCUGCUCUGCCUGUGAUCGCUCCUUCCCCCUUCUCUCCUCCCUCCUCACCCACCAACACUCCCACACCCCUGAGCAAAGACUCCUGGCUGAGGCAGAAGCUGAGAUUGUGUGCCCCCCUUCCCUCUCCCUUUCUCUCCCCCUUCCUUCCUCGCCAAGCCAGGCUGACAAGCAGCAGGAGGGCCAGAGGGAAAUCCAUGUGGACAUCAUCACGGUCAGUGAGGAGCAUGAGGAGCAACCUGCAAAACCAACCAAAGCCCAAAAAAAGGCAGGCGCCAGCAAGGGUACUGCUGCUGGAGAGAGGCCGUACCGCUGUUCAGAAUGUGGAAAAGCCUUCAAAGGUUCAUCAGGGCUGAAGUACCACAUGAGGGAUCACACAGGGGAAAGGCCCUACCGCUGCACUGAGUGUGGGAAGAGCUUCAAGAGGUCAUCACUGCUUUCAAUUCAUCAAAGGGUUCACACAGGCGUCCGCGCAUUCCAGUGCCCUCACUGCCCUCUCACUUUCAAAUGGAGCUCACACUACCAGUACCACUUGCGGCAGCACACAGGCGAGAGGCCGUAUGUGUGUAAAGAGUGUGGCAAGUCCUUCAAAAACACCAGCUGCCUGCGGAGACACAGUCAGAUGCAUUCUGGACUGCGGCCUCAUACCUGCUCCAUCUGCUCAAAGUCUUUCUCACAGACAUCAAACCUCAAACAGCAUGAACGCACCCAUUCUGGGGAGAGACCCUUUCAGUGCACCCACUGCAAUAAAAGCUUCACGCACUCCUCUAACCUUCAGCUCCACCUUCGCACGCACUCCUCAAGUAAGGACUUUAAAUGUCCAUACUGCUCCAAGGAGUUCGUCAUGCACUCCUACUUGCAGAGGCACAUCCGCACCCAUGGCAGUAGUGUCCCCCUGCACUGCUCUGGUGGUGGAGGUAAAGAUGGGGUGACUGUGAAAGCUAGUGUUGGAGGAGUAACAACAACCACGACCUUGCUCAAUCCCAUUACCCUGGAAGCCUCAGGAAACCACGGCAGCUUGAUUGUGUCACAGCCAGCACUUAAUAUCCCCCCUAACACCUCCCAGAACUACUUUAUGAUUCAGACAGUCAGCGGCCUGCAGCUCAUUCCUCUGUCAUCCCCCACACCAGCCCCUCCACCCCCUCCUCCACCUCUACCACCUCUAUCGCAGCAUCAAAAUUUCCUCCUUCUACAGUGUCCCCCCAACAAUGGAGGCCAGUCCAAUUUGAUUCUUGUCCCCACGGCGAGCAACCCUCCACCAGCUCCAGAGCCUCAGACCCUCCCUGUGCUCCAGACUAUCCAAACACUCCAACCUGUCCUAAACCAAACACAGACUCAGAUUCCCCAGUUUCAGGCCAUAUCACAGCAACAACAGCAGACCAGGAUCAUUAUCACCAACAAUAAUAGCAAUGCAAAUACCCCUGUUACCAUGCCAAGUCUCCUAGCUAACUCCCUGCUGACUAAGCCCAUACUAGGGAAAAGCACCAGGACAGCUCGGGGUAGACGGGGACGCAAACCCAAAGCUGCUCUACAGAAAUCUGAACCAGCUGUGGUCAGUGAGGGUGCAGGUGGUGCUCUUUCAGGAACCAACUGUAAUGUGACUAGUGUUUCACAGACUGUAAGUGCUGCUAACACUAUAACAGAGUCACAAUUAUCACCAUCUGUUUCCACAGCGUCCCACUCUCCCCUGUCAACCACUUGCACUACUAUCCCAGUCCUUUCAUCGUCCACCACUACAGUGGAUACCUCAGGAUCCCCAUCAGCUGUUACUAUGGUUACACCAGCAACAACAGCAACCACAACAUCGGUUUCUCCUCCAGUUCUUGAUACUUUGGAAAGGAAACCUCAGUCCUCUGCGGGGCAAAUAAAGGCAGGGGAGACCAUGACAGGGAAGAAGUUUGUGUUGUGUUUUGAUAAUGAAGCCCCAGCAAAGGAGGGGAUGAAUAUGGAGGAGGGCGGCGAGUCAUAUGUGUUACAGUUUCAAGGGGACGCAUCUGGAGAGGGAGUGGAUGGAGGAAUGGGUGGAGAGGGAAAAUCACUUGUGCUACAGUUCAAGACAAAUGGGCAAGGUGAGGGGGGAAUGGGGGGAGAUAAGGGAGGGAUGAUGUCACUUCUGCAUGAAUGGGGAGGAGAAAAGCAAGUGGAGGCGCAGACAGGAGAGGGCAGCCAAGGUGAGUCCUAUGUCCUGCAUUUUCACACUGAGGCACAGGAGAGUGGCCCAUCUAGCGCUAGCUUCAGCCAAGGGCAGGAAACUAGCCUUCAGCUUUCCUGCACACCUACCCAAAGUUUGGUGCCUCUUGAUGGCCAGGAGGUGGUGUUUGAACUGGGGGGUGAGACCAAGAUGGAGCAGGAAACAGAGGAAGGUAUGCAGAUGAUUACCCUGAUAGAGGGUGAAGGGGGAAUGAUGGGAGAAGAAGGGGCAGGUUGCAAUACUGCAAGCGGUAGGGUUACAGAGGUCGGAGGAGCCGUGGACGGUUUAUUUCAGCUGGAAAGUGGAGAGGAAAUUGUCAUAAUUGAGGUCAGCACCAGUAGCUUGAGAGAAGGAAGGAUGGAGAGAGGAGGGAAUGGAGAGAUCUCACAAAGUAGUGAGGUGAAAUAUGAGAGCGUAUCAGCGGAGGCCAAGGAAAAGCCAGUGAACUCUACAGACAACACAGAGGCACAGUCUCCACCAGAAGACACAAGAAUAAAUGGACCUAUAGCGAACUCUAAAGAGGUGCAGUUCUCCAGCUAA